UCCAUCACAGCGGACGCUUCCCAUUGUCCUCCCAAAUCACAAGACCCCCCUGACGACGAGCAAAGAGGCUGUGUCAUGGAUAUAUGGCACCACCCCAUGAUUCACCCACGGAAAGUGUCGCAGAAUGACAAGGUUCCCGGCUAACCCUAUAUAAUGGCACAGACUCAGUGGUCAACACAGCAGCUGAACACACGCUGACCAUCCACAUAUCUCUAUCUGAAAGAAGCAUGCAGUCGUCAAUCGCCCUUCUGUGCCUCGUACUGGUGUGUGCGCACUCCACCAUGUCCAACGCCCAGGACACCCAGGACACCCAUAUCCGCCAGGUUACCCUGGACACCCAUGUCACAACGGUCACACAGGUCACCACAACGUCACGUCAUAGGCCGUUUGUGAGUGUUAUCGUCGAUGGACUGACCAGCAAGUUCAGUAAACAUCUCGCGUCUAUUUUCGACCUGGACGAGGACGACUUCAAGGACAUCCUGAAAGCUCUGGGGAAGCUGAAGUUGGCGGUACUGAAGGCACUCCUGAAUAAAUUCUUUGAUUUGAAGGACAAGCACCACGAUUUCGGAAGCGCACAGAAUGUUCAGAGAGCGUCUCAGAUGAUGGAAUCUUUGGAGAAGAAUAUCCAACAGCGGGAUAUCUUGGAUGGACUGACCACCAAAUUCAGCAAAUAUCUGCCCUCUAUUUUCAAGCUCGAUGAGGACGACUUCAAGGACAUCCUGAGAGCUCUAGGGAAGCUGAAGUUGGCGGUACUGAAAGCACUCCUGAAUAAAUUCUUUGAUUUGAAGGACAAGCACCACGACUUUGGAAGUGCACAAAAUUUCCAGAGGGUGUCUCAGAUGAUGGAAUCUGUGGAAGAGAAUAUCCAACAGCGGGAUAUCUUGGAUGGACUGACCACCAAGUUCAGCAAAUAUCUGCCCUCUAUUUUCAAGCUUGACGAGGAUGACUUCAAGGACAUCUUGAAAGCUCUAGGGAAGCUGAAGUUGGCGGUAUUGAAGGCACUCCUGAAUAAAUUCUUUGAUUUAAAGAACAAGCACCACGACUUUGGAAGUGGUGAAAAUUUCCAGAGAGUAUCCCUUUUGAUGGAAUCACUGGAGCAGAACAUUCAACAGCAGGAGUUAGCUAGCGGGGCGUCUACAGCUUACGUCGCCAUAACGUCAUUGGCUAUUCCUCUGCUGGCAGUUAUAGCUUAAGUUAUAAACUGAUCUGUAGUGGAAUCAUCUGUAAAAUAGUGCCGUGAUAUAGGGAAAAUAAAAUGCUAUUUUUAUAAUA